AUUUUUUUCACAUCCAGCAUCUCUAUUUUCCCUUCUUCCACGAUUUCGAGCAUGUCCGCAUCAUCAGCAAGCUCCCUAAGCUCUGCGUUCCAAUCUGCAAACCGUGGUCCUCUAACGACAAUUUUCACACCUCCGGUGUCAUGUCUUACAGAAACAACCCUUGUUUCUUUUCCAACCACAGCGCUUGCAAAUACUACCAGUACAUUCACAACAACGAAGAUCUUUAUCAAUCACUUUAGUUGGGGAGAUGGGGCGUGCUAUCCCAGCACGAUUGCAACGAUUGAUGGAUCGACGCGAUGGGGGAAUGGAUAUUAUUAUUCACCAGGAAUAUGUCCAACAGGAUGGACCUCAGCAUGUCAGAUCUCGACGAAUGCACUGGGCUUCUCAACUUCGAUAUCCAGCCAGACGAGCGCGGUGAUGUGUUGUCCUUCACCCUUAUGAUAAACAGGAAUUGGGAAUGUGUAGGAGGAACAACAACGCUUACAGCACAUGGUUGCAGUACAGCAUUGACAGCCGGCGAAAUAUUAUCAAGUGUUUGGCUCGCGCCUCAACCAACUCCAAGCAUAACGAUGGAUCUCCCUGCAGAACGAAACCUCACAACCUGGUUCGUGCCGAAAGACACUUCUGCAGUAUGUGAUGGAAUACCGGUAUUGUGGCAGAAUACAGACGUGCAAAUCUUGGCUCUCCUUGGUGUGACACCUACCUCCUCUUCGCCGACCACGGGAAGUCAAUCUUCGGGUACAAUCCCAGCAAAUACAAAUUCUUCAUCGAGUUCGGUGCAUUCUGGGUCGUCUCUAUCAUCUGGAGCAAAAGCUGCUAUUGGAAUCACAAUACCAUUAGCAUUUCUAGCUUUAUUAGCUGGAGUAUUUAUUUUCUUUCGCCGACGAAAUAUGAAGACCCCACAACAUCAGCACCAUGAACUUCCUACUUCGGCAGAGAGCGAUUCGGGGAACUGGACACAUUUGAGCUUUCUGAAGCACGGAUUCAAGCAUAAAGCCAGUGAGCUGGAUUCAUCUAGAGUUUUUGAAGCAGAUGAGGCACAUCAAAUUGUUGAGAUCGGAGAUGGAAGAGAUGUGGUGUUUGAGAUGGCUGAUACCUCGAGCGUUGGUGGUGGAAAAGAUGUAAAGAUAAGAGGCGACGCAGAAGGGGUUGAAAUGGGGGAAACGAAAGAAGUCAAGAAAGGAGAUGUUGGCCAAGACCGUCUACUGUCUAACCGGAGGCCUGAAAGAGGAAGCAAUGAGAUUGAGAUUGAUUCUGCAAGGGAAAAGAUAUUGGAACUCUUGAACCUUGAAUUUCGAGCUACAAAGGAUUCAGAAACAGAAGGGCAUUGUAGAACAAGGCUUCGGACUAGGGCUAGAUGA